UGUGUAAGAAGAGUAAUGGCGGGGGCUGGGCGAGAUGACUGCCCCUCCUUCUUCUGCGUUUCCCUCAGCUCCGGCUCUCUUCAGAGUUCUCUCGUUCGGACUGGUCAGUGCGGGGAAAAGGGGAGGUCUGGUUGUUCUAGAGCGUUCCGGAUCACCCCUCAACCAAUGAGGAGAGGGAUUGACGGCAGUGACGUCACGUUUCAUCCCUUUCCACAGUUGAAGUUCACUACUGACCCUGCGCGGGUUAUAGCGGGAUUGUACCAUAUUUUUUACGGGGGAGGGUGUUCACAUAAUAUAGAUAGGAUAGGGGUGGUAACGUCAUUACGUUAUCCAAAGAGGGAUGUUCGUUUUGGUUUAGGGGAGGAGUACCGUUGCUUAGUAGUGCCGAGUGUGAAUGCUGAUGUUGCAGAUGCUAAGGAUGAGCCCAAGAGGAGAUCUGCACGGUUGUCCUCUAAACCAACCCCAGCAAAAACCGAACCAAAGCCAAAAAAAGAAAAGGCACCGGUAAAGGAGAAGCCUGAGGAGAAGGAGAAAAAAGUUCCAGCAAAGGGUAAAAAGGGAGCAAAGGGCAAACAGACAGAGGAAGCUAACAAAGAAGAAGCCAAUGAGGACCAGCCGUCUGAAAAUGGAGAAACAAAAAGUGACGAGGCUCCUGCUUCUGAUGGAGGUGACAAGGAAUCCAAGUCUGAAUAACCUUCAUCUUGUACCGAGUCUUUUAUCAGUGGUUCCUGUACCUCCCUUGUACAAUUCAGAGGAAUAUUUUUAUCAACUAUUUUGUAAAUGCAAGUUUUUUAGUAGUUUAAUUCUAGAAAACACAUUUUUAAAAUAGGAGGGAAUCCCCACCAUUUUUUUUUUUUUUUUAAGAAACAUUAAUUUGCCCCCUGUAUGGUUUGUAAAGGAUAUGAAUACUGUACCAGUUAAUACUACACAACAAAACAGUUACUUGGGGAGUGUGAGUCUUAACGAAAAAAAAAAGUUUUUUUUAUUUUGUUACAAAAGGCUAGUUCUCUAUAUUCUAUCUAGCUGCCAAUCUAACAGGCAGAGAUUGAUACUGGUACAACUGGCGCAAAGAUCACGACUAUUAAAAUGUCUUGGCGUUUUAACUGUUCUUUGUACUCCUGUUGUCCUGCAUACAAUUUUUAACUAAUAAAUCUCCCAAGGUGACGGAUUUCCCUCUAAGAAUUGUGUACUAUCUGUGAUGUUACCAUUUUAUUUUUUUUUCUGGGUAGUGGUAUUUUAUUUUCAGUAACUUUGUAAAAGUGCUGUGAAUCUCUUUUGGGGAAACUUCCUUGAGUGUGUAGUGAGUGUGAUGUGAAGUAGAGAGAGAAACAAAGGACACGGCGGUUCAUGUGUUUCCAUCUUUUACCCAACCAAUGCGGUUGUUUGCUCCUUCUUGGCCGCAAAGUGGGUUGAAUUAUUUGCAUCAAAGAUGCUGGUACGAGGGGUGCUAGAUUUUCUACGAAACAACUUCUCUCUGAACUCUUAUGACGGAAAGCCGCUAGAAAUGGAUUCCAAUGACUUCAACAACAUUGUUUUUAUUUUUUUUUUCAUAUUUUUCCUAGAUUUCCAAUCUACUAGAGUUUUAAAAGGAAAAAAAAAAUGUACAGAUUUGUUCAUAGUGUCUGUGUACUGAUCACCAAACCAAUAAAACCUGGUUGAAAAAGUUA